CACUGGGGCUUACUGAAGACCAAGGAAGGACAAUGUGCUGAUGUUAAACCUAAUGCACCAACAGUCUGAAAUGGCAGCGCAAGGAGUUGCUAAAAGGGUUGCAAGAAGCGUUUGAGGAAAGCUCCAUGGAAAUGUGUGAACGGAAUCCUUUAAAUCCCGGCUAUGUUGGUUCUCUGUUGAAUUUUGCUCCCCCUGAGUCGCUGUAUUUCUCCAACUUGCGGGGUAAUGGAGCCCAUAUACCCGGGCUUCAUCAGAUCCCUUACAAUAGGAGAGAGGUGUGCACGCUCCCGUGGACUUCCUCAAGUUCGUGCACGUCUGGACCAACCGCACCACCACAGAGCCGCGCCUUUGGAGGCUACUGUCCGCCGUUUCUUUCCAACUCGGUGUCUAUUAACUCCUCCAGCAGCCACGUCAAGGCGCAUUUGGAGGAUUCCGCUCGAUGCUUCCAGGACGCAAACCUCAAAACAGAAGAGUCUGGUAGACAAGAUGAAGUUUACGCAGGGGAGCACGGAGCCGCCACCGACUGCGGCUAUUCAGACCUGGACAGCCGGUCACACGGUUCUGUGGCCCAACUCGGUCCGGAUUCAGCACGUCGACUAAAUGUGAACGGCCCCAAACAGCAGAAUCCAGUUCACCCAUCAGCAAGUAACACAUGCUCCAGGACCACCUUUGCUGAAGGUGCGCCAUGGUGCACAUCACAAGUGAGAACCAGAAAGAAGAGAAAGCCUUACUCGAAGCUACAGCUGGCUGAACUUGAGAAUGAAUUUAUGAUGAAUGAAUUCAUCAACAGACAGAAACGGAAGGAGUUAUCAGACAGACUGGAUCUGAGCGACCAACAAGUGAAAAUAUGGUUUCAAAACCGCAGGAUGAAGAAGAAACGACUGCUGAUGCGCGAACAAACGUUCGCCGCUUAUUAAUGACUUCUCGCCCUUGAUCAUGACCAGCAGAGAAUCAAUAGCAGGACAGAAUAUUGUGUUGUGCUGUGAAAUGCUGCAGCGCAUCACAUGCCAUUUCGGUUUGUGGCAUGGACUUGUAUUUAUAAAUAUGUGUAAAAUGUUUAUAUUCCUGUCACAGUAGUUUCACUGCAGUUUUACCCAGUCACAACAAGUUCAAUGGUAAUUGAAAUUAGAGGUAAUACAAAUAUGCAGUCAAGAUUCAGGUGAAUGACUUUGAGAUUCUCCAAAUGCGCAAUAGUAGGCCCUGGCUCCUGGUGGGCACAGCCGCGAUAUUAAUAAACCUAUAAGAUUAUUUCUUUCUCAUCCAACACAAACAGACUUAUUUAAACAUGACUAUAAUUAUGUGUUUUGUUUUUUUUGUUUUUUUGUAUGAUGGCCUGCGCAUGUAGUGUGGGCCUAACGUGAAAGCAAACAGUCUGCGCUCAAGUUCAUGUUUACAAGCAGAUUAAACGUUAAGAAAAGUCAAUAUUGCAAAUUAUAUACAAUUGCAUGCCUAUUUCCUAAUUGCUAUUAUUCAGCUGAAUGCCUGAUUUCCCCCCAUUGUAUUGUAAAUCUGCAUAAACAAGUAAAGUUGCAUUGCUUUUACUCUAUCUGGCCGCGUCCACAUUCAAGUUCGAGGAAAAGAUUUUUUGCGCCGCAUUGUGCAACAAAGUGUUUAUUUGAGACGCGUGCAAAACAAGCGAGUUUGUGGAUGUGAAACAUGAUAAUGGUGUUGGUUCAAAGGCAUUAUAACUGUUGUAAUUUAAGUGUGGAUUUUAUUGUCAGACCUGGUUUUGUGUUGCUAUACAAACAAAUGAUUGUACAAUGUUUGCACCGGAGUCACUCUUGCUUUGUGAAUCCGGUCUUUAUAAAUACAUAAUUAAUGAAACUAUAUUUCACUUUUAAAUGAAAGUAUAUUUUAAUUGGAUUAAUUUAAAAAUAAUUCCAGGAAGUGUGCUGCAUUAUUGGUAAAGGAUAAGAAUACGCAUCAGAACAGCCACGUUUUUACGCAAGAACGAGAGAUUUUGUAAAGUGGACGCA